UAUGUACAAUUUUGCCAUCUAAAUCUGUCUGUUACGGAAGUGGGAAAAAAGUUAGAAAGCACAGAACAACAGCGGAGAUUAAUGUGUUUUCGUAUGCACUUGGUAUUCCGACUUCGAUCAAUCCUAAAAGGAGAGCUUUCAACAGCAUGCCGAAACAUGUUUUUUCAAAAGAAAUGAACUCAAACGCUUAAUCCGCUCGUUGUUUUGUUUGUUUAUGCAGCUCUUUUUCACUUUGAACGAACUUGAAAAACUCCUUUUUAAUUAAUCAACUCUGUAAAGCCUGCUCAAGACGAGGUCUUUCUCCGUGCCCUUUGCGUCAAGAUUCAAGAAAAAGAUAUAUUUUUUGAAGAUCAGAAUUUGUAGUAUUUAAGAAGCUUGUGAUCUGAGUGCUGAGGGUAUAGGCGAAGAUCUUGUGGCGUUUGAUUCAGUAAAACGUUUUCUGAGUUGUUAAUUGCAGAAAAUUGGGAUACUGGAAUUGUGGAUUGAAGGGUUGAUAAAGUUGUGUGAUGGGAUCUCUAAAUAUGGAGAAGAAGUGGGUGUUCCCUCUGGUGAUAAGCUCUCUUGCAUGUAUAUUUCUUAUUGCAACUUCCUUCAACAUGGGCCUAAUCUCUUCAUUACACACAAUCAAUGCUAUCUUCUCGAUUUUCCCCUCUCACCUCUCAGCAAACCAUACUGGUCCAACAUAUGCUGAAAUGAAGGUUAAACUGGCUCCAGCACCUCCUUCUGGCCCGAAAAUUCCUCGAUUUGCUUAUUUGGUUUCUGGGUCAAAGGGUGAUCUAGAAAAGCUUUGGAGAACUCUUCAGGCACUAUAUCAUCCACGAAACCAAUAUGUUGUUCAUUUGGACCUUGAAGCGUCAACCGAGGAAAGAUUGGCACUUGCAUCACGAGUGGAGAAAGAACCCAUGUUUUCAAAGGUUGGGAAUGUCUACAUGAUCAUCAAGGCUAAUAUGGUUACUUAUAGAGGACCAACUAUGGUUGCUAAUACGCUUCAUGGUUGUGCUAUUCUUCUCAAGAAAAGUAAGGAUUGGGAUUGGUUUAUUAAUCUUAGUGCUUCAGACUAUCCUCUUGUAACUCAAGAUGAUCUUCUUUCCACUUUUUCAACUUUAGACCGGAAACUUAAUUUCCUUGAGCACACAAGUAACCUUGAUUGGAAAGAGGACAAACGAGCAAUGCCUUUGAUGAUUGACCCAGGACUUUACAUGUCGACUAAGUCAGAUAUAUUCUGGGUCACACCACGGAGAACUUUGCCAACAGCAUUUAAAUUAUUUACUGGGUCAGCAUGGAUGGUUCUCUCUCGUUCAUUUGUAGAAUAUUGCAUUUGGGGUUGGGAUAAUCUUCCAAGAACUUUGCUUAUGUACCACACGAACUUUGUUUCUUCUCCUGAAUCCUAUUUUCACACUGUCAUCUGCAACGUCCCAGAGUUCAUUGAUACUGUUGUGAAUCAUGACUUGCACUACAUUUCUUGGGACAAUCCCCCGAAACAACACCCACACGUCCUCUCUCUUAAUGACACUGAUAAGAUUUUUGCAAGCAAUGCUGCUUUUGCCCGGAAAUUCAAACAAGGUACUCAUGUCUUGGACAAGAUUGAUAAAGAGUUACUUGGCCGGAAAAAUGGGUCCUUCACCCCUGGCGCUUGGUGCUCUGGUGAUUCCACUUGUUCAAAGCUUGGAGACCCAAACAAGAUCAAACCAGGUCCUGGAGCUGAAAGGCUUGGCCACUUAAUAACUAGUCUUUUAUUGGCAGCUAAAGAGGGUGAAAACCAGUGUAAAUAGAUCUCCUGAUAGUUUGCUACAGAUGACUGAAAGAUUACUACCCAGAAUCUGGCCAACAGCUUUGAGAAUCAUAAAGGGAAGAAUUGUUAUGGGGAAGUUUCAUUUUUUCCUCAUUUUUGUUAGGGUUUGAGUAUGUUAGCAUAUCAGAAACCAAGGUACCCAAAAGAAUUGAGAUGGAUAGGAUCAAUUACUGUUCCUGUUUAUCCAUUCCUUUUUAGGCUAUAAUUUCUUAGGCCUUCCACAAUUAUACAACUCGGAAAGCUUUCCGCAGUUAUUUUUUUCCCACGUCUCAUUGUUAAUAAAGUUUAUUUUGAAACUA